ACUGCCACAACUACGUAAAAAAAUCAUCAUGUCUGAGGCAGAAAUUAAUGACGAUCACCGUCAUAUUUCACGCAUUGCGAUCAGACCCCCACCCUUCUGGAAGGGCAACCCUAACUUAUGGUUUGCUCAGUUGGAAGCACAAUUUUCGAUAAAUAACAUAACCGUCGACGACACCAAAUUUAAACACGUCGUUGCUGCAAUAGAGCCGGAAAUUUUAAAUUCGGUGCAGGACCUAAUCCUCAACCCGCCCGACCAGAAUAAAUUUUCCACGCUAAAGGCUCGUCUCAUUGACGUCUAUUCGGAGAGCGAGACCUCCAAAAUCAGAACGCUUCUUCAAGGGUUGGAACUGGGAGACCAACGUCCAUCCUUCCUAUUAUCACGGAUGCGCGACUUGGCCGGAAACCAUUUUAGCGAAGACCUGCUACAAUCUCUCUGGCUGUCGAGACUUCCUCAUAACGUACAGGCCAUUUUAGCCGCAUCUAAGGAAAAACUCCAACAACAGGCCGCCAUGGCCGACAAGAUAAUGGAAUUAGUCUCCCCCGCUCACAUUCAAACGGUCGAACAUGACCUUGCCACUAUCUCCACCUUGAAGAACCAGGUUGCGGAAUUAGCCCAGCAGGUCAAGAACCUCACAUUAUCCAUCAACAACCAACGCCGCUCCUUCACACGUUCUGAUUACCCUCCCAACAACAGGAGGCGCCGCAGCAAAUCGCGGCAGAAUCAACAGCACAGCACCCCACACAACGGCAUGUGUUACUACCACGCUACCUUUGGGGAGCAGGCGAGGAAAUGCAAAGCCCCUUGCUCCUUCCGACCGUCGGAAAACUGACUAGGCGGGCGCUUACGGCCAGAAGCCUCACCCGCCACAUCGAUCGAAUCACCAUGGCCGACCCUA